UAUUGACAAAGACGUCGCGCUGCACUGUCACAGGAAAUCACGUAGCGACGGUGGUGGUAACGGACACUUCGAGCAAGUCGGCGGCCUAGUUGGGGCAUCCCAGCCGUCGGCAGUCCCACGCCACGCUGUGCUGUGGAGAUAGCUGUGUAAUUGUAAAGAUGUCAGGCAAGGCAGCAGACACCAACCUCCAUGCAGGUGAAGUAGACCCAACCCUUGUGGCCAACGCCACGGCCAAUCGCAUGGCAGCUCAGUUCUUUGAAAAGUAUGACCGAUUUGAGGUGCAAGAAAUGCUGGCCCAAACUUCCUACCAUUGGUUCUUAUCACAGGAUGAGCACAAGCUGCAGGCCGAAGCACCCAACGGUAUCAUCAUGACCAGUAAACCCUUUGAUAAUAACAACUGCUUGAUUCUGAUGCCCUUUGACCCCACGGUCGAACCUAUUGACUUUCGGCUCAUACACCAGAUCAUCAGGGAACUUGUGAUGGGUAUCUAUGGUCUCAACCAGAUAGGUUGA